AUGUCCUCAGACUCUCCGGCAGGCCGUUCGCAGCAGCCUAUGUUAGCUUCCCAACGCGCGAAACAGACCAAAAAUGACCCUCCAAAGGCUGGAUACUUUCCCCUGGGCUACAAGGCUGCCCUCAGCCAGUGGUGGGCGAGUAUCUCCCCAGCGGUUGCAGAACACAACGUUAUGGCGUUUGUGCCAUACCUCCAGAAGCCGCCGACACAUACCCAGACCGGCUCUGCACCAGUGUCUGCGCAACGGUCGAGUAACUCCCUGGUGAUGGACCCUGCGAACGAGGCCACACCAGUCAGAACCAACUCCAUAAACGAUCCGUUCGGGCCUCGAGCAUGGAACUCAAAUCUGGUACCAUUAAGCGGCAAGGACAGAGCCUUGAAUGAAUUCACCGUAGAACGAAUCGGAGAAGAAGUAGAGGAGAAUCUGGUCAUGCUACAUGGAUACGGCGCUGGCCUUGGAUUCUUCUAUAAGAACUUCGAGGGGCUGAGCCGGGUCAAAGGGUGGAAACUAUACGGUCUGGACAUGCUGGGAAUGGGACGGAGUAGCAGACCUCCCUUCAAAGUUCAUGCCAAAGACCAGGCGGGACAGAUCGCAGAGGCCGAAAACUGGUUCAUCGAUGCUUUGGAAGAGUGGCGAAUACUGAAGAAAAUCGAUAGAUUCACCCUCCUAGGACACAGUAUGGGAGGCUACAUGGCUGUGGCAUAUGCACUGAAAUACCCAGGACAUCUCAACAAGCUGGUCUUAGCUUCACCAGUCGGUAUUCCGGAGGACCCAUAUGCCAUACAAGCCGAUAUGCCGGAACCAGAAGAGUCAGCGUUGGCCAAUGAGUUCACGCAAGACCAAGAAGAUGACAUUGUAAAUACAGACGGUAGGCUCAAGAACAACGGCGAUAACAACAACUUCCUCAACGCCAAGUCCAAAGCAAACACCAAGAAUUCAGACGCGCCUCCUCGCAGACCAAUCCCGAAAUGGCUUUCUUACCUCUGGGACGCCAAUAUCUCCCCCUUCAGUAUUGUGCGCUGGACAGGACCCCUCGGUCCACGAGUCGUCUCUGGCUGGACCUCGAGACGAUUCUCUCACCUGCCACCGGAUGAGUCGGAGGCGCUGCACGAUUACGCAUAUUCGCUUUUCCGUCAGAGAGGCAGUGGAGAGUACGCCCUCGCUUAUAUCCUCGCCCCUGGCGCCUUCGCCCGCAGCCCGUUGAUAAGAAGAAUCCAUGGCGUCGGAAGACAGCCCCUACCGCCUCCAUCUCAAACAGAGCAAGUAGACGGCACAGCCGCUUCGUCUGUACAAGCUGCAGCGCGAGCUCUGACCAAGGAGACGGGUAUCCCAGUCGUUCUCAUGUACGGCGAGAACGAUUGGAUGGACGUUGCUGGCGGUUACGCGGCCGAGCAAAAACUCAAAGAAGAGAAAUCGAAAGCGUUGAAGAGCGCUACGGCCGAAGAGAAGAAGUAUGAGAAUGGGAGCGCGAAAGUGGUGAUUAUCCAGAAAGCGGGGCAUCAUCUGUAUCUGGAUGGGUGGGAGCAGUUUAACGAGGUAAUGAGGGGGGAGAUGGAAGACACGAAGAGGGAUACGAAGAAGUUUAACGGGCUUUAG